AUGCCUGUUAUACUCCGCCUGUCGGCAGACCCCAUGACGGACAUGAAGAAACAUUUUCGCCUUAUCGGGAAAUUCCUCCAAGCACCUGAAACAAUGCGGGACAGGCUGAACACGUCUGCUACGAUGGAAGAAUCGUCCCUUACGUCCCUUACUAUUAAGAGGCCGCUCGUCGUUUGUAUAUGUUUCCGGAACCCGGAGACGCUCUCUUGGAGAAUACGUUUGACGAGGGAUAUAGGAAUCUGA